CAACCACUUCACCACUUCAACUGUUCCGAGAUGCAGUUUUAACUGGCAAACGCUUAUUGUAAGGCCGGAGAGAGAAGUAAGAUGGCGGAGGAGAGUGGUGCAUCAUCGAGAGGAGAAGUGAAGCACAUAUUACUGGGCAAGUUCAAAGAUGGGAUCUCUCAGGAACAGAUCGAUCAUCUCAUCAAAGGUUAUGCCGAUCUCGUUCACCUCAUCCAACCCAUGAAGUCUUUCACCUGGGGUAAAGAUGUGAGCAUAGAGAAGCUUAACCAAGGUUUCACUCAUGUGUUCGAAUCGACAUUCGAUAGCACAGAAGGAAUUGCAGAGUACAUUGCCCAUCCCCUUCAUGUUGAGUAUGCAAACAAACUUCUUCCUCAGCUGGAGAAGGUCCUUGUCAUAGACUACAAACCUGCACCUCUAGCUUGAACUCCAGUAUCUAUUUUGCAUACUUUUUCACUAAGUAUGCAAACAAACUUCUUCCUCAUGUCAGGUUUUCUUUAUUUCGGUCUUUAUUUCAGGUCUCGAACUUGUGCCGAGGUUGAUUUUCGUUGAGUGUUUGUUUUCACUGAUAUUAUGCACUAAAGUGAGAUAUCUGCAUUAGCGAUUCUGUAUCCAUAUGAAAUGUAUGUUUACUGAUUAUUUGAUGAAUAUGUAGUGAUCUGAAUUAAUUCAAUUAAUUUGCACGAGAAACUAUUCAUUAUAAUGUCGCUGGCACCAACUUGAAAUACAGAGGGCAAAACACAUAUUUCAAAUAUGAAG